AAAAAAGACCCGACGUGAACGACGUCGUGCAUGUCGCUCUCGAGAUCUCCGGGAUUUUUCUCUUUGUAUUUUUUUGUGCACGCUGUAUUCUGAGUGCUACUGCUACAUGCUAGCGUUUAUCCACUCCGCGAUCCGUGCUAACUUCGUUUUGGACUGGAAGUACAUUUUGUCGAGCGGUAGGCCUACGCGGCAUCAGUGUGUGCUGACUACUGAAUCUUCACGUUACUAGUAUGCACUUGAACUUGAAGACCAUAGAAGCAUAGUGACCAGUAUGGAGAGCCGAAGUGGCAGUACUAUCGCUACUCGUCGGAGCAGACGCAAUGCUGCCGCUCAGCAGGCUCUACUGGCCGCUGCAGCCGGGUGUAGUAGUGUUGCGGCUGACAAUGUGUUCUUCGGAUCAUCCAGUGGCAGUCACCAUCGCGAUCACACAGACAGCACACUACUAGGUUCUGCGACAACUAUUACUUCGGAGCAACGGCAGCAGCAGCGGACGGCGGCUGAGUCGAAGGUGGACCUGCAAGCUGCGUCACGGCAGCGACAUCCUGACUGUUCUGAAGAGGCUCCGGGGGACAGCUGCGAGCCAGCGUCGUCCAUGGAGAAACCAGUGAACGGGAGCAUGGCGGCAGCGUCAGCAAGACAAACCGCUUUAUACCAGGAUGCAAUCGAGCUAACAGCUCUCUACAACACACAGUUGAGUGGUGAGCGCAAAACAUCGUUCUGGGACUCGCAUACGAAGACGCUUCACUCGAAGUGCAACUUAUGGAUGCGCCGGCAUGAACGAAUGCAAACCAACGUGUCUGGCCGCGUCUAUUACUAUCCCGAGAGGAGACGAUGGCGUGUGUCGAAGGGAAAGAAGCCCAUCAUCGGUCGACGACCGGCUUCAGAUGACCAGGCAGAGGAAGACGUGGAUGGUGACUCUGAUAGGGUCCAUUCGACAAGGUCCUCGAGGGUCAGAGCUCGACCAGGAUAUGCCAGUUUGUUCUUCAGCUCGUCAAGCGAAUCAGAGAAUGAUGACAGGGGGAAUCUAUCCGAACCAGAGUAUCAGGAACCUGGCAGCAAUGACAGCGAUGCCGAGGACUUCAACCAGCGGCCGCAGUCGGCAAGAAAGAGAUCGCUUCAGGUGGUUGAAAAGCCAGCAUCACCGUUGCCUCCGGUAACUGGAGCCACUUGUUUUGUAUGCGACAGAACAUUUCGAGGUGCACACGGACUCCGUCAGCACUUUGUACACAAUCCCCCGCACGGUGUACAGCAUGCCAAGCUAGCCAAGGAGGCUAAAGAGGCAUCAGCGGCCUCGGCGGCUACAUCUGCCGCGGCAGAGACUGCAGCAGCACCAGCAAACCCGCCCACAACCACUGCGUCGCCCUCGACAUCGACGUCAUCAACACCAACAGCUACAUCAAGCACUGGGGCAAAUGCUGGGCGGCGGUUUUCAGCUCGUGUUGCUCCGAAAGCAACAUCACGUCCCCAAUCUCCAAGUGGCGGCUCUCCCACAAGGCAAAAAAUUAUCAAGCGCCUCAAAACGGAUCCACGUGAAGGGGCGGUGGCGAGUCCCAAUGAUUAUUGUGACUUUUGCCUCGGAGAUGAGCAAGACAAUAAGAAAACUGGCGCUCCUGAGCCACUCAUCUCCUGCUCAGAUUGUGGAAGAUCCGGCCAUCCAAGUUGCUUACAGUUCACCGCCUUGCUUACGUCCAAUGUUGCUCAGUACCACUGGCAGUGCAUCGAGUGCAAGUCCUGCGGUGUAUGUGGAACAUCAGACAAUGAUGACGAGUUACUAUUUUGUGAUGACUGCGAUCGUGGCUAUCAUAUGUACUGCUUGAAACCACCGAUAACGUCGCCACCAGAGGGUCGGUGGGUCUGCAUCCUCUGCUCCGAGCGGGAGGCAGCAAGCGCGCAGCAGUAGUCCUGGACUACACCAGUGACUCUGCAGGUUGUUGGUGGUGCAGCACUGAGGUAUAACACAUUGACACUAGCUACCAGCUAAGUUCGAUGUUCUGCUACUUGUCUACUGCGUAUGUUGCUAAGCACGCACCGUGGUGACUUGCUCACAGCUCGGAUGAACAGGUGCUUUGUCAGUGCUGUGCCUGCUACCACUGUGCCAGUGGACAGCCAGUUGAUUAUAACUGCUUUGUCAGUGCUGUGCCUGCUAUCACUGUACCAGUGGACAGCCAGCCUUGAUUAUAACUGACUUCCUAUUACAUGCAUGUAGCCAAUGAGUCUGACAAAGCAUGGCCACUCGACUAGGUCCCGUGUGUGGUGCUAGGGCGUAUUUCAUCUUCUACUUUAGUCCUUCGUGGUGCAGCUACUGUACCCAUUGUUGGUAUUGCCGUCAGAUUACGUGUUGAUCUACACCUGUGUGUCGUUGUAGUUCGUAAGUGUUACUUGGGUCUUGUUGUACACAGUGUUGGUUGGACAUACACUGUAGAUAGCUUGUGCAGACGUUGUGUACUUCUCCACAUGAAUGAUUCUGGAUUAUCCUAUCUCCUGUUCUGGCAUUUGCCAACUUACACUGUAUUAAAUCCUCACCAAGCACAGGCCUAUGAAUAUUCUGAUUCCUACCUAUCCGGCAUAGGAUCAACAUUACUUGUAUACAAAAACAUUCUCCGUAUGAAAA